UGUCCUCCAUUAGAGAAGCAGAACAAAGCUCAUUCGGUGGAAAAGCCGAAGAACGAAACGAAAGCGUUCCUUAGAGUUGAGAGUUGACAAUGGAGCUUCAAGAUUUUGCGCCAAUUUUUGGGGAGCCUACCAGAGUGGAGUGGAUAAACAAGGGUUCGCUUCCUUUGCAUCAAUUUUUGUUCCAUGUUUAUACUCCAAAUCCUUCGCAACUCAGAUUUCUUGCUACUGAUUUCCAUUCUAACACUUGGGAAUCCACCAAAUCGGCUCUGCAGCUUGAGGAUAUGAGAGAUGACAUUGGAAUUGGAGGGGCUUUUUCAGAGUUUGUUAAUUAUAUUGUUGCUUCUAUGAAAUUCGGAGAUGUAAGGCUUUGUAUGGAAGGACAAUCAGGGAAAGAUGGUGCAGCAUGUGUCAAACUAAUUGCUCAGAAAUCAAAAGGAAUGCCUGUUUUUUCCAUUUCUCUCACAAAACUCAUUGACUCUGCUGCUUCUGAAGCUAUGGCAACUCUGUCCUUUGGACUCUUUAACUCAUUAAAACACAAGGAAUGUUCACUUAUAAAAGAACAAGAGCACUCCCUUCAAUUGACAACCAUGAUAUCAACUGAAAAGGAAAAGAAUGAAAAUAUUCAAACUCAGCUCGAGCAAUAUAGAAAGAAACAGAAGUUGCAAAAUAUGAAUGCCUCAAAUUCUCCUGAUAAAUCUGUUGUUUAUAAUAUUGGCUUGACAAAAGCCACCAAUCGUGUGGUGCCAGCACAUCGGAGGGCGAAAACUAGGGGUGCCCUUCUGCAAGACUCUGAAGAUGACAAUGAACCAGAGCACUCCCUUCAAUCGACAUUCGAGGAAAAGGAAAAGAAACAUGAGUUGCUAAAUACAGAUACAUUGGCCAAAGUAGACGGGUUUCAAAAGUCUCCUGCAGACAAAUCUGCUGUUCAUGAUAUUGGCUCGACAAAAGUCACCAAGCGUGUCAUGCCAGUGCAUCGCAGGGCAAGAACACGAGGUGCCCUUCUACAAGAUAAUGAAGAUGACAAUGGAAGGUAAAACCAAACACUUACAAUGUUGAGUCCUUCGGUUCAAAACUAGUUUUAGAUAUGGAGUAGGUAAAGAAAGUAAUAGAGAUGACAUAUUGCAUUUCAUCUUACGUGCAAUCUUGUGUAUAAUUAUGUAAAUCUGAUCCAUCAUUGGCUUUCUGCUCAAUUUUAUUGUCAAUAAGGCCGCUGUUGGAUUUAGAUGCGAAAAUGCGCAAGUUUCUUAAUAACCAUUGAUACAAAUUUGAAAUAUGGUGUGCAACUUAAAACAA